GAUUACAAGUGGAAAAUCAAGAGCGGCGGCUUCUCAGACUACACGACCUACAGCGGCCUCCAUGUUAUCAUCACCGGUGGAGCGUGCGGCCCUGAGGUCAUACAUCACGGAGGGGGCAACCGGGCAAAGAUCAAAGCUGUAGAAAUUCCUUCUGGAAUCACCUUGUAAUUUCCAUUUGUACAAAACCCCAUUUCCAGCACAGAUCUAUAAAUAUAAAUUAUUCUUCAGACAAAGGGGAAAGAUCUUACUGAGCUGUGGACGAGGUUUUAUGACAGAAAGUACAAACCAGCCAGAGGACUGUCGAAUGAUACAGAUUAUACUGACUGGGAACAACCAACAUCUUCUGCCACACUCUGUGCUGAAGGAAAUCUAUCAGCAGGGUCUCCUAUAGUAUCCAGCAUGUAUCCGUUUAUAGAGCUCCUGAAAAUUAUCUCUCUCUUGUUUUUAUGUCUCUGUCGCAGAGUUUUUGGGAAAAAAAAAAAAAACACAUUAAUAGCAAAAUGGUAAAUGAGGUUCUUAUUGUGCGCUCAAGUGCAAGGGCUACUUGAGCUGCCGGGCAGGUGUAGCAGUGAACUUAGGGCAGUGUUUUCCAACCAGGGUGUAUCCAGCUGUUGCAAAAGUCUGUCCAGGCAUCAUGGGAAUUGUUGUUCUCCAACAGCUGAAGGCACCCGGGUUGGUAAACACUGACUUAGGGGCUAGGAAAUGCCCCCAGUGCACCUAAGAACCUAAGAACCUAAUAUUAUUACUGCGGUUUAAAAAAAAUAAAUAAAAAGGUGAAACGGAGAAUAAAAAAAAUUAAAGGUCACAAGCUCUAUUAGCGGGUUAUAUGCAGGUUACUAUGGGCAAACCCUGCUGAUCCAUCACAGGGUGCAAACACAAGGAAAACAAGGUUACAGGAGGUAAAGAGAGAAGUCAUGGAGAGUGGAGAAUUGGAUGAAGGUGAUAUCACUGAGCAGUUACAGAUCUGCAAGAAAUUGCUGAAUUAUAUAGAAUUUACACAGAUAAAACCCAAAUGGGAACAAGCACUAAUACAAGAAAAACAAGGUUACAGUAGGUAACAAGAAGAAUCAUGGAGAGUGGAGAAUUGGAUGAAGGUGAUAUCACUGAGCAAUUACAGAUCUAUAAGAAAUAGCUGAAUGAAAAAAGAUUUACAUAGAGAAAAGCCAAAUGGGAACAAGCACUAAAACAAGGAAAACAAGUAUUCUAGGAAAAAUGCCGAAUCUGGGCGGAGGCGCCAAAUGCGGAGCCUGUAGUAAGACGGUUUACCACGCCGAGGAGAUCCAGUGCAACGGGCGCAGCUUCCACAAACCCUGCUUCAUCUGCAUGGUUUGCAGGAAGGCUCUGGAUAGCACCACGGUCGCUGCACAUGAAUCUGAAAUCUACUGUAAGUCUUGUUAUGGGAGGAAGUACGGGCCCAAGGGAUACGGCUACGGACAAGGUGCUGGGUGCCUGAGCACAGACACGGGGGAGAGAUUCGGGAUUGAAGUUGCUGAGACUCAUCCGGCCCGGGGAUCGCCCACCACCCCACACUCCAACAAGUUCGCACAGAAGUUCGCCUCCACGGAAAAGUGUCCUAGAUGUGGAAAAUCCGUCUAUGCUGCCGAAAAAGUGAUGGGAGGGGGAAGGCCCUGGCAUAAAACCUGUUUCCGCUGCGCCCUGUGCGGGAAGAGUCUGGACUCCACCAUCGUCACAGAGAAGGACGGAGAAAUCUACUGUAAAGUUUGUUACGCGAAAAAUUUCGGUCCUAAAGGAAUAGGGUUCGGAGGCCUCACACAGGUGGAGCAGAAGGAGGACUGAACCGCACGCACGUUAUUCGUAACAUAAAUCUUCACCUCACAUGAAGACAUUAGAGUCGGAGAUUAAAGAUCGGAUCGGUUCUGGAAUGUCAGAUAAUAAA